AUGAUCUUUGGGCUGAUACAUUUUACAUUUAAGGUAAAAUUUAUUUAUACUCAAAAAUAUUGGCAAUCUCUGCCAUGAAAAUGGAAAAUUGAAUGGUACCAAAUUCAAUAGAGAAUAGCAUAGUUUUUUGUCCACAAAUAUUUGAUUUUGUGUGUAAAUUACACCAAUAGGACCUCAACAGGAAUUUCUAUGCCCAGAGUCUGCUUAACUUCAAUUGCCACUUCUCUGUUUGUUUUCCAAUUUUUGACUGGGCUGAUUUUUACUGCUAAUAACUCAAACUCAAUUCGAGAGACUGGAGGAGUUCUUAUAUUCAUUUCAGCAGUCCUUUAUAUUUUCCUUGUAUACAAUAUUCAUAGAGUCCUCAAAAAGCAAUGAGCUGAAUAA